AUGGCUCAAACAGCCGCCAACGAGACCGCAAAGAUAGCCAUGGAAUAUGUCCAGGCUGCUUUGAAGACCUUAGCUCAGGUCGCGAAAUGGCCCCUGGAGAGCCUCUUCUUGGUGAGAACAACUGCACUUUGGCUCGUUUUCAUUGCUUUCCGGGGUUCCAUCAUCAAACUGGUCCUCUCGGCACUCGGAUUCGGUGCUGGUGGUGUGCAGGCUUUAUCCCUUGCCGCGUCACUACACAGUAGGAUUGGCAACGUUGUCGCCGGCAGCAUAUUCUCUACACUGCAAAGCGCUGGCGCUGGUGGGGCUGGAUUUGCUAUUCUGAAUGGAUCGAUGCAGUCCUGCGCUGCGGUAUUUGGCAUUGUGAAGGCCUUGUGCUCGUUCACUGCCAAAGGCCAUUUCUAUAAGCUUCGGAAACAUUGGAUUUCAUAG